AUGGAUGUCUUUGAGGACUGUUCAAAAGAGGUUGAGAAAAAUAUUAAAGAGCUUGUAGGAGACAAGUGUGAAUCAAUUAGGCGCCAAAUGCAAAAGGCAAUCCUGUCUGGUUCAUUACACAUUGCUAGAAUGUUCAAGCUGAGCGCUUAGUUAUCUACAGGAAUUUUGGACACCUAUUUUAACAGAUACUUAAUUUUGUACAUUAUCGAAAUUUUAUUUACACACCUUAGUCGUUCCCAUAAUUAAAUGGACAGCUAUAUGAACGAUGGGUUUCAACUUACGAACAUUUUCAUUUUGUAAUUAAGACGUCCAUAAAGCUUUUAGGUUUUUAUUUAUUUAUUUACUUAACUUUUAUGACACUCUUAUCAAAUCAUUUUUACCCAGUUUUUUUUUCUUUUUGCGCAAAUUAUCGUGUAAUUGUUACCAUAAAUUUUAGUUGAUGCUGCGGCUGGUUACACUUUGCCGCCCAGCCAAAGCCUUUAUUUUUUACUCUGGGCAUCCAGACGUUUGUACUGCCAUAAUAAUAAUAAUAAUAAUAAUAAUAAUAAUAAUAAAAGGGGGUUAUUUUCAGUCUACGCCACAGAAUAAUAAGGACCGUAUUUUUCAGUGCAGAGUCUUGCUACAAAUUUAGUACACUGGUACAGUAGCCUGGAACUGGUUGCAUUUACACCGGCACUCAAAGUGUUCAUUAACUUUUCAGAUUUUCUGUAACAAUGAUGAUGCUACUAAUAAUGUUUCAUCAUCAUCAUCAUCAUCAUCAUCAUCAUCAUCAUCAUCACUAUCGUUAUCUUUGUCGUUACCGUUAUCUUUGUCGUUAUUUUUAUUGUUAACCUUAUCCUUAUCCUUGUCUUUAUCGUUAUCCUUUUCAUCAGUCAUCAGUCAUCAUCAUCAUCAUCAUCAUUACCGUUAUUAUUAUUAUAAGCACUAUAUAAUUAUUAAUGUCCUUUAUCCGGAUAUAGGUGGAAGAAAAUAAGAAGAGGAAGGAACAUCCAUGUAAGUGAGGAUUGGGAAUAAGUGAACAACCCUCCUGUUCGAUAUUUUUUGUUCUGUGCCGAUACUGUUCAUUACACUAUACGGCAUAAUUUUUCAUGUCAGCAUAAAAACCUACCCGUUAUAGUGCAGACCUAGCUCUGAAGAUCAAUAAUAAAUUAACAUAAAUAACACAAGAGUAAAAGUUUUGCUGUGUUGAGAAUAAACGCGUAAAUUUGUCGUUACUUUUAAAAAGAAUUUCCAGAAAUAUUUAUUUUGGAAGAAAAAAAAAUGUUCGAUUAUUUUCCCCAAUAUUUUUUUCCUUUUCUAUAAAAAAAAUAUAGGUAUCUCAACCUUACCCAUUUUAGCCGUUUGCUUGGCAGCGUCGUGGACCUUGCUGAGUACUGCAUAAAAAGCUUUUUAGUUGUCGAUACUCAAUCUUUUAUUUCGUGACAACAACCUUGUUUACAACUUUCGUAACGGGUGAUUAGUUCAUAUUCUGUCUGUUUUUGUCACCUGGCAUACUGAUUUCUAAUCUCGUGACCAAUGAAACACAGCCAGCUAAAGAAGGGGGCUUUCCCUUGAAGAGGUUUCGCAACGUUGCACAUUUCUGUAUAUUGUUAACCUUGAGAAAUAUUUAACGUAUACAAGAAAUUUAACCUACAUUUAAUAAACACGUUUGGAUAGAUAAAUUACGGUUUUUGUCGAGUCAAGUAAAGAACCAAAGACAGGCAUACAAAAUUCAUGAAAAGUUUUGCAAAUCUAGAGCCCGAAGUAACUGGAAUCGUUGUUUAGAUAAUUAUGUAACACACUGUAUUUCAAAAGAAGUUCAAGCGUGUAUAUAGUAAUUAAGGGCCUGUUUACAUGGAGGUGGGGGACCCCAGGUAGGUGAGGUGACCCGCUUAGGUGGGGUAACCCGCCUGUCCAUAUAAUCUCUCAUUUUCAUUUGAUCACGUUUACAUGAUAGGUGGGGUGACCCGCCAAGGCGGGUAGCCCGGUCUACCAGACCGGGUUGCCCUCUCAGCCGGGGUCACAAUUUUUCAUGUAAACGUUUCAAGGUGGGGUAACCCGCCUGCCCGGGGUCGGAUUUGUGAUACAUCAAAUUCGCGCAAAAUUCGCUUUCGCGGUGUCUUUGCAUUAUGAUUAAAGUUAACAAUAGAAAGCUAUUGCACUGACGGGUUGCAGCAAGAGCAACAAGUGAGUGAAGAAGUGCAUUAAUCGCCAAAACUCGUGGUUUGCCAGCAUUUUUCUUGUUUACGUGCUUAGCGACCAUUCAAUAAUCUUGAGAAAGUGCACCCCGGGAAGGCGGGGUUGUAAGAUUGCAUGUAAAGGAGGGUUAUUUUUUUACCUCACCUAAGCGGGUUACCUCACCUACCUGGGGUCCCCCACCUCCAUGUAAACAGGCCCUAAGAAUGAUAAUAACAGAUAAUAAAAUAAAAUAUAUUUAUAUAUAAGUCAUUCGCCAGUGAAAAUUUCAGAAGAAAUAUUGCAUCCAUUUGUGCUUGCCUUCGAAGUAAACAGGGAUUUUUCC